AUGCGUGGGCGGCUGUCCCAGGGUCAGUUUUCGAGCUCCCUGGAUCAAGAAGGCGGUUGCAGCUACAGCUCUUCUUCUCCCCGUGACACGGCUAACUCGUCCCCAUUCCCAACUGCCUUCCUCUCCACCCGCUGGAGUUGCUUAAAGAAGACUUUGGUUCGGAGAUCUUCCCCCCCAAAACCUGAACCAGAGGGAGAUGAACAUGCACAUCUCGCCCUCCAGGAGCGAGGACGCCGUGUCCGGGUUCAAGCCCGUGCUAUCCUCAAAGCUUGCGUCCUGGAGUUGGGCAUGGAGGGGCGUCACCCUGGGAAGGUGUGGUGUGCUGUAGCAGUUGGAGCUGUGAGGUCUGGAAGGCACCAGCGCUGUGAAGUCUGUUGGCUCAACGGACCCGGCACAGCCAGUAGAUCCCGCUGGAGCUCCUCUCUCUGGCAUGAAUCCCUCGGUGUUGGAGAUUUAGAAGAGGUGACAUUUGAAUCUCCAGGGAGUGAAGCCGAUUUUAGCUCUUCAGGCAGCAUGGGCGGUAUUUCAGCGCCUGAAGUCCAUGUGUCUGCUGCUGGAAGCAAAAGAUCUUCUUUUUCUCUCAACCGUGGCCCUUAUGGUCGGAAUAAUGGAUCCUUAUCCUACAAGUCCAGAGCCAGCCCACCUGCUUCUCGUGAAAAGGACCCUUUGUCAAGACUGGGCAAAAGCCAGAUGUGUCCUGCUAACGUCCGCCAGAAUUACGGGGCUUCUUCAGCCAGCAGGAGCAAGCCAGGCUCAUGCAAAGGAAGCGACAGCAGCUCAGUGAUGAGGCAAGCAGGCUCCUUCAUGUCUUGUGGUGACAAUCACAGCAUGAAGCCAGAAAAUCCAGAGCAGUGCUUGACUCCUCUGCAGCAGAAGGAACUUACAGUGCGGCAUUUGAAAACAAAGCUGAAGGAAUCUGAGAGCAAACUUAAAGAAAGGGAAACAGAAAUGGAAGAACUCAAAGCUCAGCUGGGACGGAUGAAGGAAGACUGGGUUGAGGAAGAGUGUCAUCGUGUGGAGGCAGAGCUGGCUGCCUUGGAAGCAAGAAGGGAAGUUAAACAACUCAAGCAGGUUAUUGAAAGCAUGAAAAACAGCUUGGCUGAGAAAGACAAAAAAAUGCAGCAAUACUUCAUAGCCAUUAGCAUUGAAAACAAGAAACUGGAAUCUUUGCUGCAGAGCAUGGAGAUGACUCAGAGCAGCUCUGUGAGAGAUGAGCAGUGCCUGGAGCACAGGUGUGACUCAGAGGAGAAGCCGUUGGUGUUGUGUGCCACAGUGCCAGACAGCCUCACCACAGAGGACCAAGCUCUGGAGGAGGUGGCAGAUAGUGGGCUGCUUCUUAAUGAGGGCACAGCUAACGGGACUGAUUCCUGUGAAGACAGUUUGACCACCAUAACCUCUGAGUUGAGUGAUCCAGCUCCCUCCAGUUCUGCUGUGAAUCAAGAGAUGCUUGAAAAUGUUCUGGAUGAGAAACUAACUUCUUUCCAGGAGGAGGAGAAAGUCAGCAACGUGAUGGUGGAACAGGCCAUCCAGACUGACGUGGUGGCAUCUAGCCUAGAUGUGGAGCAGCUCAUUCAAAACAUCUUCAGAGCUCAAGAUGCCUGUCCUCUAAACCCACCGUCUUCACUGAAGGAACUGGGUGAAUUUUCUCCUGGAAGGUUCAGUGACUCUGGUAUCGUAGUGGACUUAACUCCAAGACAUCUAAACGCUGCCAUCCUUUUGUCACCUAUGGAGUCUCCAUGCAGGAAGGUGGAGCACGGAGUUAAUGAAAACCAUUUCGUGAAAGAACGUGAUUUUACAGAACCUCAUGAUGAUGAAGCCUUUGGGUAUGUCAAGACAGGAAUAAAGAAGAGAUAUGUAGCAGCCCCUGUUGUACCAACUAUCCUGUGGGCUUUCCGUACUCGGAGAGGAGGAACAGAUCCCGUUUACAGUAUUGGAGCAUUGCUUUGUGUUUGCGGCCUGGUGGCCCUGCACUCUUUACACCAUACACCCUUCGAGAUGAAAACCUGA